AUGAGCGUCGAAAAUCUCCGCAAACAAAGAAGCGGGUUAAAGGGAAAAAUAACGAACAUAAGAAACUUCAUCAUCAAGGCUGAGAAAGAUGCGGAGAACGUGCUACCGGGAGAAAUUACGGCCCGCCUUCGAGCGUUGGAGGACACGCAUUUGAAAUUCCAGGCUGUAGCGCAGAACCUCCUAUUGCUGCUACCUGAGGAGGAAUACCAGCAAAGAGAUGAAGUGGAGGAAAACGAGUUUGAUGAGCGAUACUUUUCGACCAAAGCCGCUCUGCUGCAGUUGGCGGAAAGGAUCAAAUUGCCGCCCACAGGCCCUUUUACAAGUGCAUCGACUUCGAACAGUGAUACAGGCGUGAUGCAAGUUCUGGAGCAGCAGACAACGUUGAUUCAGAGAAUGGCCGAGCGGUCGGUUGAAAGCGACGGCAGUGCGUUGGCACGAAUAAUAGAACAACAAAAUCAAUUACUAGAAAGAUUAAGUACGCGGUCUAACACGCACGCACGAGAAUCUCACGUAAAAUUGCCAGUAAUCCAGUUGCCGUCAUUUGACGGAAAUAUGGAAGAGUGGAAGCGAUACUCCGACACAUUUAAAACGUUGAUACACGACAGCGAUCUGACUAAUGUGCAGAAGCAUCAAUAUUUGGUUGGUUCGUUGAGCGGCCAAGCCGCUAAAAUAAUCGAGUCGAUAGACAUUUCCGAGAACAAUUACGCCAUCGCUUGGGACUUGUUGAAGAAAAGAUACGAUGACGAGCGAGGCAUUCGGAAGCGGCACAUACAUUGUUUGUUCGAGCUACCAUUGGUGAAACGAGAAUCAGCCAGCGCGAUCCAAGAUUUAGUGGAUCAUAUUCAAAAACAUUUGCGAGUUUUACAAGCAAUGGGACUCCCUACCGAGUCAUGGGGAGAUCUAAUUAUUUAUUUGAUCGAGAAGAAUUUGGACAACGCGACAAGAAGACGUUGGGAGGAGCACAUCGAGCAAAGGGACGGUGUGACGACAAGCGUGAUGAUCGAGUUUUUGCAGCGGCAAUGUCAGCUGUUGCGACGAGCGACUUCGGACAGCGAAAGCGUCAACAAGGCAAAGGACGACGUUCGCGAGAAGGACAAAACGAAAAAUCUAAAAUUGGCAGACCCGUUCUUUUACAAUCCAGGUCAUAUUGACGCGCUCAUAGGCGGAGAAUUCUUCCUUCAAUUGUUGGAAGCCGGUAAGAUUGAACUCGGGAAUAAUUUGCCGGCAUUACAAAACACUAAGUUCGGUUGGAUUGUGUCGGGCCCAGUACCACAACAUUUGAUCGCGAGUCGGACGACCAAUCACCAACCUUCAAAUAAUCAUGUAUGUUUGGUUACGCAGCAAAUAUCAUUAGACGAUACUUUGCGGAAAUUCUGGGAAUUGGAAGAAUACACCGAUAACAACACAAGGUUGUCGAAGGAAGAACAGUACUGCGAGAAUCAUUUCGCAAACACAACAAAGCGAGACGCGUCCGGGCGGUUUGUCGUUCGACUACCUUUCCGCGAAAACAGGGCUCAGCUCGGACAAUCGAGAGACAUCGCGAUGAAGCGUUUAAUUUGUUUGGAACGGAAAUUUCAACGGGAACCGGAAUUAUACAAAUUGUAUUCCGAGUUUAUGCGGGAAUAUAUCGAUUUGAAUCAUAUGUCUAAGGUCACCGGGGACGCUCGAAUACCAAAUCCAGUCUAUUUGCCGCACCAUGGCGUUCUUCGUGAAUCGAGCACAACUACUAAGCUGCGAGUGGUAUUCAAUGCGUCCUCGAAGACCACCUCGGGCAUUUCAUUGAACGAUACGUUGAUGAAGGGACCGAAUUUACAGGAUAGCAUAAUUAACCUAAUGUUGCGAUUUCGUUUGCACGCCGUUGCGAUCACGGCUGACUUGCGAAAAAUGUAUCGCCAGGUUUUAGUACACGAGGAUGACCGCGAUUAUCAGAGAAUUCUAUGGCGUUUUUCCCCGAUUGAUCCGGUAGAUGACUAUUGGUUGAAUACCGUGACUUAUGGUCAAACUAGCGCUUCGCAUCAAGCCAUUAGCUCCGUGCAACAGCAAGCCAAAGACGGGGCUAGCCGGUUUGAACUAGCAUCGCGAAUUCUACUAGAGGAUUCUUAUGUUGACGAUAUUAUUACAGGAGCUGAUAGCGAGCCCGAAGCUAUUAAAGUAGUCUCACAAUUGGAGAGUCUGUUAUGCGAAGGGGGUUUUGAGACUCACAAAUGGCGCUCAAAUCGUGAGGGAGUUGUACCUGAGCCGCUUGCCGUCGAUCGAGUCGAGGAGUCGACGGUGUUGGAGAUUGACGCAAGUGCCGUAAAGACAUUGGGAUUGGGUUGGCAUCCCAAAUCAGACAUGUUUCAGUUUUCCAUCGAGCCUAUAACGAGUUCAGUUAAGACCAAGCGCGAGGCACGCGUUGCACCGGUUAAAAGUAGGACUAUCACGCUGCCUAGGCUCGAGCUAUGCGGUGCUGUGGUGCUUGUACAUUUGGUGCAAGGCGUUAAGAAGGCUCUCAGGAUAAAGCUCGAUGAGGAGCACGCAUGGAGCGACUCUAAGAUAGUACUGGCGUGGAUCGCCGGCGAUCCAUCGUGUCAGAAGUUAUUUAUAUCGAAUCGAACUGCUGAGAUUCAGUCCAUUCUUCCGUCGAGACAUUGGCAUCAUGUGAACGGAAACGAGAACCCUGCGGAUUUGAUUUCGAAGAGUACAAGCUUGAAAAUUUUGAGGCAGAGCAAAAUCUGGUGGGAGGGCCCCGAUUGGUUGUCACGUUCCGAUGAUUGCGAGCUACGUAAGAUGAAAACGCUGAGUCUUACCGAGGAAGACGAGAAAACCAUUCGGGCAGAACGGGUUUCCAAUACGCGAGUCUUCGUGAGCGUUGGCAUUUCAAAUGACGUUGCGGAGUUCUUAUUAAAUAAAUACUCUUCACUGUCAAGGAUCGAACGCAUUCUGGCUUGGAUCGUUCGAUUCGGCUUUAAUGUUAGGAGGAAUCGCGACAAUCGUAAUUUAGAUUUUCUGACAAUUGACGAGAUUCGCCGCGCGCAUCAGUUAUUGAUUGUAGCGGUGCAGAGAGUUCAUUUUUCCGAGGAAAUGUCAAGCCUGUUGUCGGGGAAACAAAUUCGAUCUAGUAGCAAAUUAUUGUCGCUCAAUCCGUUUGUGGAUGAGAGAGGACUUCUCAGGGUGGGCGGCAGAAUUCAAAACUCUCAAGUGGCCUUUGAGAAGAAACAUCUAAUCAUUCUACCAUCCGAUAGUAGAUUCACGAGGUUGUUGUUCGAAAAGGAACAUCGUAGACUAUUGCAUAUAGGUCCACAGGCAUUGUUGUAUUCAAUUCGAGAAAAAUAUUGGCCUUUCAAAGGGAAAAUCAUCGCCAGAAAAAUCACACAUGAUUGCAUAACUUGUUUCCGCAACAAGCCGAAACCAUUAUCGCAGAUCAUGGGUCAGUUGCCCGCAGAUCGAGUCACCCCGACUCGUCCAUUUUUCGUAAUUGGCGUAGAUUUUGCCGGGCCUAUUACUACAUUGGUUAAUCGAGGCUGCGGAAGAAAAACCAACAAGUCUUACAUAUCCUUAUUUGUAUGCUUCUCAACAAGGGCCGUCCAUCUUGAGGCGGUCAGUGAUCUUAGCACGGCUUCCUUUCUGGCAGCGCUUAGACGCUUUGUGGGACGUCGAGGUUGUCCGCAGCGCAUUUAUUGUGACAACGCUACUAAUUUUGUAGGAUCCAAGAAUGAGCUCCGUGAGAUAUAUCGUCUACUCAAAAAUGGGAAGCCAGACGUAAACGAGUUUUGCAUUUCACAUAACAUAGAGUGGAAGUUUAUCCCACCAUCGUCACCUCACAUGGGGGGAUUGUGGGAAGCUGGGGUAAAAUCAUGCCAAUUUCAUUUGAAACGCGUUAUUGGAGAAAGUCUUCUGACGUUUGAAGAAUUGGCUACCGUGUUGAUACAAAUUGAAGCAUGUCUGAACUCGCGUCCGAUUUGUCAGUUGCCGUCCACGGCAGACGAUUUACAACCCCUAACACCGGGACAUUUUUUAACAGGUGAUUUAAUGAUCGCUCUUCCAGAUGCUGACGUAACCGACAUUCCGUUAAAUCGACUCGAUCGCUGGCAAGCGGUUCAGAGAAUCGCGCAAGAUUUUUGGAAGCGAUGGAGCCGAGAAUAUUUGACGUCACUGCAAGGCAGAACGAAAUGGACGUCUGAGCGAGACAAUUUAGCCAUUAACGAUGUUGUCUUGAUACAAGAUAACAAUGCGCCGCCAUUAAGGUGGAAAUUAGGAAAAGUAAUCCAGGUUUACGAGGGUACCGACGAAAGGGUGCGUGUUGCGACCCUUAAAACUGCUAAUGGAAUUUGUAAGCGUAGCGUAAACAAAUUGUGUAGACUCCCGUUAACCGAUGCGUUGCCUGCGAUAUCUGCAAUCAAGCGUUAG